AUGGGUGACUUAAUAGUGAGGUGGUGAAAUUGAAACAGUGAUCAUAAAUGGAAGAAGAGGGUGAGAAAGAGAAAAAACUGGGAGAAGGACCUCAAAUCUCAAGGAUGAAGCCAGUGACAGAAGGUGCGUAUGGUGGUGGAAUGUACGGUACAGAAAAAGGGCAACUAGAAAAACAAAGAAAAGCACCAGCAAGUGAGAGCCAGAGUGCUGAUGGGCCUGUUGAUAAGGACGCUAUCAAAAAGCCCACGCAUAAUCCUCCCCCUUCUGGAGACCGUGAUAUAGAUAUUACUGGCCAGUCCUAUAUCCAGUAAUUAACGACAUCAGAAAUGUAAUGUUUUUAACAUUUUUCAUAUAGCAACAUAUAUAUGUAAAUAGGCAAUUAGUAUAAUAAUUAGGAUGUUACUUCAUCUUGUGUUUUUCUUUUCCUAUUGCUAUUACAUAUGGUUAGCUAGUGGCUGUAUUUAUCUUUUAAUUGGAUUUCUUUCUAUCAUGUUUAUUUGUUUGCGUA